ACUGGAAAAAACUCACAUAACAGAGUGCUUUCCACAAGAGAAAACAUUGGAUUGGUUUAGCAGUUGUACACAGUUAUACGCAAAACUGCAUACGAUGGUUUCAAUAAUCUUAUUUAGUGAUUGAAAAAAAAUACAAAUCGAUACGAGAGAUUAAUUAUACAAGAGUUAUGCGCAGCAGGUUUUGCAAAAUGCGAAAUCAUACGGAAUAUUUGGUUUAUCAUACAUUUUCAUCUUUACGACGCUUUGGAAAUAACUCUCGGAUGUGAUAGUGUGAACACAAUUUUCUCCAAUUUUUCCACGAAUUUUCUGUCAAAUGUUACGAAUGCUUUAGCAAUGAACUGUUAUAUUACUCCCGUAAGGUUUCACGAAUAAUUCGAAACACCUGAGGAGAGGAACCGAGGUUUCUCGUUUGCUGAUUAGAGUUGCCGAUCAAUACUGAUGAGAACUAAGGUUUCUCGGUAUUAAUUUGUGAUCAAUUCGACUUUCGACAACACCUGUCCAUCUCUCUCGGCUCGUUAGAAUGGAGCCAGAUACUAAAAUUCCUUUGCCAUUAGAACCUAUAAAAUCAAACCAAGUCGAGGAUAGACGCUUAUGGGUAGGCAAUUUAGAUUUAAGAAUUAAUGAGUACCAACUCCUGAAACUUGUCCAAAAAUAUGGCACAAUCGAAAAGUUCGACCUGCUGUUUCAUCGGUCGGGGCCUCAAGCUGGUCAGCCAAGAGGAUACGCAUUUGUUACUUACAAAACAAUCCAAGAUGCCAAAACAGCAAAGGAUGCUUUACAUAACCUAAAAGUUGGAGCUAAGAAUAUUAUUGUCAGAUGGGCACAUAGCGUUACCGAGUUGGACAUGGAGAAACCAAAGCCAAAAAUAGAUAUUCCUGCCUUAGCUGGUGCAAAGAAAGAAGAUAAAAAAAUAAGUCUUGAAACAGCAAUUCAAGCAAUUGAAGCAAAACUUAAAUUGAUGAAAGAAUCGGAGGAAGAAUUUGAGUUGAAUAAACCGUUGGAAGGGUCGCCAAUUAUCCAGUUUUAUCAGAAAGCAGAAAAUCAAAAACCGUCCACUUCUACACGUUAUCAUAGUCGUGGGAGCUAUUACCAUCACAACAAACCAUACAGUCGUCAUAAACCAAGAAGAUAAUUCAUGUAUAGUCAUUUCGAAUAUUUUAUAUUCUUUCAUUUAUCAAAUAAUAAACCAUUACAUUUCUUUUUUCAUGAUAUUUAUAUUAUUUAUAAUAAUCUAGGCAUUUGUAAUAUUGUUUUUUAGGCAUUUGUAAUAUUGUUUUAAAAAUUUUAUAUUCCUUGCUAUAUUAAAAGAUUUUAUAUACAUUUUGUCUGUUGUGCAAUGCUCAUACAUAUAUUUAUAAACAAUGUAAUGAUUCCUAAAUUUCUAGAAUAGGCAAAUAUUGAUUCCUAUAAACAAGCAAAUAUAAGAAACAUUACAGCUACAAAUAUUUCAAGUCUUCGAUAAUAUAAUGCUUAGCAUUGAUGUAUUUUCAUAAUAUAUGAAAAUCUUUUUUAUAAUAAACACAUGUGAGAUGCUUUGUAACAAAGU